CCUUCAUCCUCCUCUUCCCUCUCAGUUCUAGUCUGACCGGAGUGCUGCUCAGUCCUUCAGCCAUUCUUUUUCUGUCACGCGUCCAUCUCUAAAAAUGUCUUGGACUCGAGUUCUGGUGCUGCCUCUGGUCUCCAUCCUCCUCAUCCUCACCUUGACCAGCGCGGUGAGGAGCGCAACUGUCCGGGACGACGCCAAACCGGCCGAUGCAAAAGACGCAGCACGACGGGUGUUCGUGGCCGGGUCCGAGGCCUCAAACUUCUUCAAACGACGCAGCCGUCGGUCACCUAAGUACUACGCAGAGCUCGUCGCGGAACAAGGGAUGAAGCGGGCCGCCAGCGAGCGAAGGAGGGAGUUCAACGAGGAGCAGAGGAACGAGUAUGAGACGUACGCCGAGGAGGACCGUGAUGAGAUAAACGAGAGAUCGAGGGAGAUGAACGAGCAGCUGCGGGAAUAUCACUACGACGGCCUCUACCCUCGUUUCCACUGGUUCCACUGAGCAUGCUCAGUAGACAGCCCAAUAAUGUGUCCAUUACCUUCACCGUCAAUUGGUGUUUUUUGCAUGCCAGUCUAAGUUUCCUGCACUUUUAUCCAAAUUUUUCCAGACUGUUUUCUGGUAAUAAUAAUUUUAAACAUAAUGAAAUGUGCAGGAACUGUAACGAGUGUUUAAAGGAGCAGUUUUUGUAGGUUAGUGCAUGCCGGUUCUAGUUUUUGUGUAUAUAAAGUGAUGCCAACGUAUCUAUAGGAUGAACCAUAGCAACAGAUAAUAAACAGCCUUAAGAAACUCAA